AGCUAUGGCGCAAGGAAAGAGCGUGUUAGACGAUAUCAAAAAGGAGCUAGAAUGUCCUGUGUGCCAGGAACAAUUCAGUGAGAAGAAUGAGCCAAAAAUUCUACAAUGUCAACACACGUUUUGUAAAUCCUGUCUCAAUGGCUGGCUACAACAGCAUGGCGGAGGAAGGUUGAGCUGCCCAAACUGUCGAGUGAUUACCGAAUGUGCUAACAACAACGUUGACUGCUUACCAACCAACCUAGGAUUUAAGAACUUGGGAGACAUCCUAAAAGCUCACGGUGCCUCAAACAACGAUGAUCAUCGAGAUAUCAGAUCACAAGAACAGAACAUAUGUAAGCGCCAUAGAAAAAAUCUUGAACAUUACUGUGAACAGUGCCGGAUUUGCAUAUGCUCUGACUGCGUCAUUGUCGAACAUCGGGAUCCGAACAAUCACAAAAUCGUGUCUGUAGAAGACGGAGCGAAGAAACUGGCAGAAAUUAUCACUGAAAAACUGAGAUCUGUUGAAGUGAACACUUCUCGUUUGAGGAGCGAUAUUGCUACUUUGGAGGAAAGGAGAGAGAUAUUCAAGACGAACAUAGUACAAGCGGCGAAAGUGGUCCGUAAUAUGACUGAAAGCUAUAUAAAUUUGAUUCGCCAACAUGAAGCAAGCGUGACGGUUCAGCUGGCGAGAGAAAGAUCUCUUAACGAUAAUGCUAUUUCCCAGGAGUUGUCAAAGCUCACCGACAAACUGGAGAGAAUGGCUAACGCUGCGAUCCGUGGUAGAGCGAUUCUUGAAAAUCAUAAUCAUAACAUAGACGAAAUGACAAGUAUAAAACAAGUUCUCGAUGACUUGAUUUCAGAGAAAGUCACACCACUGCUCAGAUAUCCAGAUUUAGAAUACAUCCCAAAUGAACCCCCUCGAAAUUUAACGACAGGAAAGCUGUGUAUAACUCAUACAGAACCUUCUUUGAGUGUGGUUACCGGUGAAGGCCUGACAAGGGGUAUUCGAUCGCAGGAAGCUAAUUUCACGGUGACAACAAAGGAUUCAACGGGCCAGACAACUUACUGUGAAAUUGAUAAGGUCACUGUUGAGGUAACAUCUGAACGGAGGGGAAUAAAAAACAUUCCAGUUAUUAUAAAGGACUUGAAAGACGGUCGGUAUUCUGUGUUCUACACACCAAAUGCUGUUGGCGACUUCAGGGUUUCAAUCAAAGCACGAGACGAACCAAUCCGAGGAAGUCCCUUCAAACUGCGAAUUAAAAAUAUUCCAAAGCCUGUUGUCUUGGGAGGGACUUCUAAAUUUCAAGGCGUAGAGCUCCCUAGUAAUUGGAUUCCUCAACCAAGAGAUCAACAAGGUAUUGAACAGGCAGUACAUCUUGUUCGGUUGGACCCUCAUCUACAUAUACAGGAGUACCAAGAUGUCCAAGCGAGAUUCCAGCAAACCUGUGGAAACCAAGUUGUGAAGAUAGAGCGGGUACAAAAUCCAACCCUCUACGGAACGUACAUGAUCCGUAAGCGGAAAAUGGACCUGGGAAAAGGUAGCAACGAACAGCGACUCUUUUAUGGAACUCCAGGCCAAAAUUGCCAACUAAUUAAUACAACGAGUUUCAUCUUACCUAGCAGACCUGUAACUGGCUUUGGAAAUGGUGUGUACUUUUCUAAACAUGCCUCAUACUCAGCCCGGUCAAACUAUUCGCCGCGAGAUGGGAGUGGAUACCGCUUCAUGUACCUCGCUAGAGUCUUGGUGGGUGAAUACACAGUGGGAAGGCAUGGUCUUCUCACUCCUCCUCCAAAGGACCCUAAUUAUCCAACGGUACUUUACGAUAGCGUCGUAGAUCAGAUCCCCAACCCAUCAAUCUUUGUGGUCUUCUUCGACUGGCAAUCCUAUCCAGAGUACCUGAUCACCUUCGUUUGACUCAUUACUUUUUGCAGGUAGUUUCAAGUGCGAUAAACGAGUCAUAAAAAAGUUUUAUUUUAUUCAGGGAACGUAGAAAGUGUAGAGCAGGGGAACUUUAAUCAAACAGUUUUUUUUUUCUAUUUUAACAUGAACACAACGAGGGAAGCAUAGCCUAUUCUCUCAAUGCAAGGGGUGGCAAAGAUUUGUAAUUCUUUGGAGAUCGUAACGCAAUUAUAACCCUAGAAUAAUCCAUAUUUCAAGACCUGUGCUAUGACCAACCUGAGUCUAAUGUACUCAAUGAAUCGAUAGCAAUUUUCUACACAACCCACCGUUUUGUACAAAUUCAUGGUGAUUUUUUUGAUGCCUAAAGAGCCUUCUGAAUAUUUUUAGGUGAUCACGUAGCGGACGUCGACAGGAUGUGAAAUGAACUCCUAAUCAUCUAAGCCAAAUGAAGAGGUUUUUUUUCCAAGUGUUAUUUUUGACAAAAAAGUAAUUGUUUAAAUCGAUCGGUCGACGCCGAUUACAAUUUCCGCUUAGUGUGUUGUUAGGUUAGGAACCUUUACCAAGGCCUCCUCCGCCAGCCACUAGAGUGGCUGAUACGGGGAGCAUCGGCAAAUUGGAUUAUCUCAUCCCCUAACAUUAGGAUUUAACAUGCUUAUGUAAUAUCUAGACUUAGAGAGGUUUGUGAUCGACGUUUUCCUUUUGGGGGCCAUUGAAUUUAAAACGGCGGUCAAGAUUAAACAUUUAUUCAGAAAGCUAAUGCCUUUAUGACAUAGCAGUUAAUCUAUAAAAAGACAAUAUGUAGCAAUCGUUGGCCUUUGAUGAUGCAAUGCCAUAACCAUUUUUGACUCCCUCUUUCCAAUGUUGGUUUAACUAUUCCAUUCUUUUCGCUGACAAGCACGAAGAAAUAGGUUUGCUUGAAGAGAUAGUGAACAAAAUAAAUUUGCAGUUCGUCAAGA